AAUCUGACAACCCAAGAAUUCCUGUACCUGUGUUUCCUCCCCAAAUCCUCACUUUCUCUGCAUGAAUAUGGCUGUACAUUCACUGUCUCUCAGGAACCCAAAAGUCCGUUCAUGGCAACGGUGGUCGAGGCAUAUCCGGGAGCAGCGAGCACGCCUCUAUAUCAUAUGGAGGUGCACUGUGAUGCUAAUUUGCUGGAAUGACUGACUGAGCAGCCAUGGAGGACCAUGGUGCUUGUGGGCUUGGUGGGGUGGAGUAUUAACCUGUGAACUCAGUCUCUGCAACGCUAGAGGUACGUAACACACUGACAUGGAAGCUGCUGAUGCUAAUUUGCUUGAAUGAUUGAGCAACCAUGGUGGAAUGACCGAGCAGCCAUGAUGCUUCAUGCUUGUGGGUGGAGGAUUAACCUGUGAAGUCGGUCUCUGCAAACACUGACAUGGCAGCUGGUGAUGAUAAUUUUCUGGAAUGACUGAGCAGCCGUGGUGCUUGUGGGAUUGUAGCACACUGGGAUUGUAGCACACAGAGUGGCGCAUGGUGGGGUGGAGGAUUAACCUUUGAAGUCAGUCUUUAGUCUCUGCAACGCUAGAGGUAACACACUGACAUGGCAGCUGAGCCUAGAUCAUUUGUCUUGAAGCUGAUUACUGCAUUGAACUGCAUCAAUUAAUUACUCUGGCCAAAGGAGGAGGCAGCUGAAGCCAAGGAUUUCUGGCAGCUUGUGAUGACUUGCAUGUUUAUAGAAGACUGAGCUUAUGAUCUGAGUGCGUGUGACUGAAUUAUAACAUAAAUGCCGAGGUUCAAUUGGUGUUUUGUUGUGCAAGAAGUUUUAGAAUCUCUUCAUUGAACCAAGUGUUUCAGGAAAUUCAGAUGAAGGUUGAAUUGGAGAGUGUUGUACAGCAUAGCUUACUUUAGUUAGCAUUUUUGUGCAAGUGAAGACAUUCUCUAUUUUCUUGAUUUCAAA